UCUUCUCAUAAGAGCGCUGUGUGGAGCUUCUGAAAUUUGUGGAGAUUUUUCUCUGCAGAUGCAGCAAGAAAGCAGGUGGAUGGGUGAAUAAGUAUGGCCUUGCUCCUGGUCUCCUUGCUGGCAUUCCUGAGCUUAGGCUCAGGAUGUCAUCAUCAGAUCUGUCACUGCUGGCACAGGGUUUUCCUCUGCCAAGAUAGCAAGGUGACAGAGAUUCCCUCCGACCUUCCCAGGAACGCAGUUGAACUGAGGUUUGUCCUCACCAAACUUCGAGUCAUCCCAAAAGGAGCAUUCUUGGGAUUUGGGGACCUGGAGAAAAUAGAGAUCUCACAGAAUGAUGUCUUGGAAGUAAUAGAGGCAAAUGUGUUCUUCAACCUGUCCAAAUUACAUGAAAUUAGAAUUGAAAAGGCCAACAACCUGCUAUACAUCGACACUGAUGCCUUCCAGAACCUUCCCAACCUCCGAUAUUUGUUAAUAUCCAACACAGGUAUUAAGCACUUGCCAGCUGUUCACAAGAUUCAAUCUCUCCAAAAGGUUCUACUAGACAUUCAAGAUAAUAUAAACAUCCACACAGUCGAAAGAAAUUCUUUCAUGGGGCUGAGUUUUGAAAGUAUGAUUUUAUGGCUGAAUAAGAAUGGCAUUCAAGAAAUACACAACUGUGCAUUCAAUGGAACCCAACUAGAUGAGCUGAAUCUAAGUGAUAACAUUAAUUUGGAAGAAUUGCCUAAUGAUGUUUUCCAGGGAGCCUCUGGACCAGUCAUUCUAGACAUUUCAAGAACCAGGAUCCAUUCCCUGCCUAGCUAUGGCUUAGAAAAUCUUAAGAAGCUUCGGGCCAAGUCAACAUACAACUUGAAAAAGCUUCCCAGUCUGGAUAAGUUUGUCGCACUCAUGGAGGCCAGCCUCACCUACCCUAGCCACUGCUGUGCCUUUGCAAAUUGGAGACGGCCAAUCUCUGAGCUUCAUCCAAUUUGCAACAAAUCUAUUUUAAGGCAAGAAGUUGAUGAUAUGACUCAGGCUAGGGGUCAGAGAGUCUCUUUGGCAGAAGACGAGGAAUCCAGUUACACCAAAGGAUUUGACAUGAUGUACAGUGAAUUUGACUAUGACUUAUGCAAUGAAGUGGUUGAUGUGACUUGCUCCCCUAAGCCAGAUGCGUUCAACCCAUGUGAAGAUAUCAUGGGGUAUGAUAUUCUAAGGGUCUUGAUAUGGUUUAUUAGCAUCCUGGCCAUCACAGGGAACAUCAUAGUGUUGAUGAUCCUGAUAACCAGCCAAUACAAACUCACAGUUCCCCGGUUCCUUAUGUGCAACCUGGCCUUUGCUGAUCUCUGCAUUGGAAUCUACCUACUGCUCAUAGCAUCAGUUGAUAUCUACACCAAAAGCCAAUACCACAACUAUGCCAUUGACUGGCAAACUGGAGCAGGCUGUGAUGCUGCUGGCUUUUUCACAGUCUUUGCCAGUGAGCUUUCAGUCUAUACCCUGACAGCCAUAACAGUGGAAAGAUGGCAUACCAUCACCCAUGCCAUGCAGCUAGAAUGCAAAGUACAGCUCCGCCAUGCUGCCAGCAUCAUGCUGCUAGGCUGGAUCUUUGCUUUCACGGUCGCCCUCUUUCCCAUCUUUGGCAUCAGCAGCUACAUGAAGGUGAGCAUCUGCCUGCCCAUGGAUAUUGACAGCCCCUUGUCACAGCUCUAUGUUAUGUCCCUCCUUGUGCUCAAUGUCCUGGCCUUUGUGGUUAUCUGUUGCUGCUAUGCUCACAUCUACCUCACAGUGAGAAACCCCAAUAUUGUGUCCUCCUCUAGUGACACCAAGAUCGCCAAGCGCAUGGCUAUGCUCAUCUUCACAGACUUCCUCUGCAUGGCACCCAUCUCCUUCUUUGCCAUCUCUGCCUCCCUCAAGGUGCCCCUCAUCACUGUGUCCAAGUCAAAGAUCCUACUGGUCCUGUUCUACCCCAUCAACUCCUGUGCCAACCCCUUCCUCUAUGCCAUCUUCACUAAGAACUUCCGCAGGGAUUUCUUCAUUUUGAUGAGCAGGUUUGGUUGCUAUGAAAUGCAAGCCCAAACUUAUAGAACAGAAACUUUAUCCACUGCCCACAACUCCCAUCCAAGAAAUGGCCACUGCCCUCCAGCUCUCAGAGUUACCAAUUACACACUUGUCCCUCUAACCCAUUUAGCCCAGAACUAAAACAUUAGGUGCAAAAUGUAUCUCAGUGUCAAAGGAUAACUGAAGUCUCACUUUUGAAGUAUAUGCCAUGGCAUAGCUGGCAGAGUACUCUACAUACUUCAUCCUAUUUAAUCUUCCUAGCACACCUGUAAGGUAAAUUGCUCAGGAACUAUUACUCCAUAUGAUAGAUUAGGAAGCUGAAGUAGUAACAACAUUCGUAAUUAAAACAAUACAUUUGUUUUAUGCUUUAUGAUGUUCACAGUGCUUUUGUUCAGAUCAUCCCAACUGAUCCCUAUAAAAGUCCUAUUAACCAGGAUUAUUCUUGGAAUUUUAUAGACAAGUAAAUCAAGACUCAAAGGAUUAAGUGACUUGUUCCAGAUGGCUUGGCUUAUAAGAAGCAGAGCCACAAUUAGGUGUUCCGAUUCCCAAAAAACUUCCAAGGGAAGCAGCACAAUGUUCAUUCACUCAUUCAUUCAUUCAACAAAUAUUUACUGAGUACCUAUGUGAUGGCUUUGUUAUGCGUCCGCUUCAGUAAGGUAAACUACAUCUCCCAGAAUCCCCUAUGUGCUUCCCAUCAUGAUGGGCUACAGAGAAGAUUGUUGGGAAAAGAGAUUAAGGGAAACUCUAGCCAUUUUGUCACUCUUACACUUUGUUGCUGAUCUGCUGAUUCAGCUCACUGCUAUGGAGCAGCCACUGGGCCUGCAAAUGCUCUAUCUUCCCUUGGAUCCUCCAGGCAGUCUGACUCCUGGGCCAGGUACAUGUGCUUCAUUCAAUGAUGAAGAACCUCGGCUGCUGCAAAAUUCUUUUAUGACCAAAGGGAGAGGCAACAAGAUGGAAAUGGGGCAGUUUUAUCUUGUGGGGUUCCAUCUCAUGUGGUGGCUUCCAGCAUGCUAGUGGUCUUCCCUUUAUCACUGCCUCUGUUGUGGACUUGAGCUCCAGCAUGAGAUGCAUGCCUGGUUCUGCUUCUUUAGUUAAAGCCUAAUUUGUAGAAGAUAGA